AUGACGAAGCCGUGCCGCUGCCUGCUAUUACUUCUGGCAACAACAGCAUGUGCCAACAAGCUCCGCACGCGCGCGCGUCAAUUUAACAAAUGGCGCGACGCCCGCUUCGGCUGCGGGCGCCAGUGGCACUACUGGCGCUGCAGCGGGCAGCUCACGGACCCGGCGACGGGAGUGGUUAUAGCGCGGCUCGAGGGCGUCGAGGCGACGCGUGCGCUGCGGGGCGACGCGAGAAGAGGCGAUUCUGAGGAUGAUGUGAACGACGACGACUUUUUGGUAGAGCCGCGGGCGUUCGAGGUGCGAAGGAGGUACGCGUACGCCGACGAAAGCGACGAACUCAUCGAGUGGCGCGCGCGGCCCGACGCGCCGCCGCGUAGCGUAGCGCGGCCGCCGCCCUACGCGGCGACGGUGCGCUUGGGACUGCGUCGCGAUGGCACGACGGUGGCCCUCCGUUCGCGGACGGCAGACAAAGCUUUGGAACCGCGCGUGUCCACCUUCGCCGUCGAGGGCUUUGAAACUAGAGUCGACGCCUACGUUGGGACUCCCAAAAAGCGGGGCCUCGCGCGGCUCUUCGGCGUCGGCGUCGGCGGCGCGAAGACGGCGGCGGCGCGGCGCGCGCAGAAGGGCCUGAAAUGUAGGGAAUCAUACGUCGUCUCGCGGAACGCCGUCUCGUACCGGCGGCUCGGCGAGGCGCCGGCCUGGGCCGGGCCCGGGCGUUUGUGUGCCGCGGAGCUCUCCGCGCGGCGCGUGUCGCGACGGGCGCUCCGGCGCGGGUCGCCCGUCGCGCGGGCGCUGGCAGAGGAGCUGCUCGAGGACGUGGACGGGAAGCAGCGGCGCGUCGUCGUCGAGCCGUCGGAGGACGUCGACGAGCCGCCGCCGAAGCGACCGCCGCCGAAGCGGGGGGACAAGUGGGAGGCGCUGUUCGCCGUGUAA